GAGGGUGAGAGGGAAGAGAAAUGUGGUUAUGGCAUUGGAGGAAAUCCCUUCUCUCCUUGUCCUUUCUCAACUCGGAAAACAAACAGGCAAUUUGAGCACCUUUUAGAUUGAAACUGAAGCUAAGCAGCUGAUCAGGAAAGAAGCAGAGCUUAUUUUGAAAAUAACCAAAGCCUUUUGAACUAGAAACUGGAAAGUGUUCAAUGUGCUUUUUUAUAUGAUAUGGCAGCUAAAAUUACAUAUUAAAACAAUUGCCAGAGCAGUAGCUGUCUUAGCAAAAGCAAUGAAGAGGGGUUUUGGCAUCUUAAAGACUAACACAUUUUAUUGUGGCAUAUGGAGUGUUUCAAAGUUAAGUGUUCAGCGUAUCUCACAUGGAUGUAAAGAAGAGCACAGUUUAAAUGGCUAUAAAUGAUCAGAAAAAAAUAGUUGCACCAUAUUCUGGAAUAAGAAAGUGGGUAGAUGGCUGACUGUAUCUUCUCCUAAUUUUCCUGAAUUGUUCAGUUUCAGAGAUUCUCAAAAUCUAACUUUCAUAGACUGUUAAUAGGGAGGUGUGAGCCUUGUGAGCAGGGUAUGAGGAACCUGUUGCCCUCCAGAUCUUGCUGGACUGCAAUUCCCAUUACUCCCUGCCAAUGCAAACACUGAUCAAGGAAGAUGGGGGCUGCAAUGAAACAACAGUUGAGAGUCCCAGGAUCCCCCAUGCCUGCAGGCUAUUCUUAUGAUCGUACCCCCCAAUUGAAAUAUUUAACUCUACAUCCUCUCCGUCCCUCUCUCCUUUUUAGACUCACGAUAACACCGAGAGGUAGAUGGGUAGAGAGCGCGCAAGUGGUUCAGGGGCACUUCCAGCCGCUUCUCUCACGCAAGCAUCCUUUCCCUCACACCUUGUCACCCGCCGCGCCGUCGAGAGAGGUAAGCGAGGAGCGAGAUGCUCCCCGACCUCGAAGGCGACGGCGUUGCUCCAGCCGUCCAAGAUGCUUCCCUCAGCGAAGGGCGCCUGCACACUUGUCGCCGGCGGGAGGCUUCGGGGCGGCCAGGCGAGGUUCCUUUCGCUAACCGUUUCUUAAGGGCCGAAUGCCGCCCACCACCCAGGAGCUUAAAUCGGUCAUGCCCGCCGCCUUGGGAGCCGUUUGGACCCCGGCGGAUUACACGCUUCCAUUGGCGGCAAAAUCACGGCUCCUCCUUCUCAGAGGCGACGACGCUGUUAGAGGAAAGGGCCAGAGGCGCCCUCGUGGGUUGCACCGCCUUCUUGGACCCACCGGCCGUCGGCUCCGCGUGCUUCGCCGCCCUCUCGGUUCACGCAGGCGCCACAGAGAGACUUUUGUUAUUUUUCGCGCCCACACCCUCCGAAUAAAUCCCUGAGAAGAAGGCGGAGAAACGAGGCGCGGGGAGCUUGUUCUUGGCGCGCGAAAGCAGCGCGCGUGGGACAAAAAGCACCUGCUGAAUUCCUCUCAGGGGAGCCUCGAGGGAGAGCGGCGCGGCGGCUGACCGGCGGCGAGACCGCAAAAUCAGCGUGGAGGGGAAAAGCCAGGUAAGCCACUGUUUUGUUCUGGAACGGCGUCGUUUUCCCGGCCCCCCUGCCGCCGCGGCUCCCGCGCUCGCCCCUCCCCUCGGGCCGCUCAGUUCCACGGUUGCUGGAGCGCCGGGCGGAGGACACCACCGAUGGCUGCUCUCCUCCCCGCAGGGCAGCGGUGGCGCCGGUGGCGUCGGCGGCAGCAGCGGAGGAGCCUCGUCCUUCUUCUUCCCACUCCCUGCCUGGCUGCCGCCUUCCCGCGUGAGGCGAGGCCCACCGGCCGCCUCCCGGCCCGCACGCGAGGGGAGAUAUGGGGCCGGGCGGCGCCGGCGGGGGACUGGCGUGGCUGCUGCUGGCCUCGGGCGUCUUCCUGAGCCAGGCCUCGAGCCAGGCGCCGCCUCAGGGUUUCCGAUACGUCUCCUACGAGGUGAUCAUCCCGAGGAGGAUGGCGCCGCGUCGCGGGCGGGAGCCCCAAGACCUCACGUACCUCGUGGAGCUGCAGGGGAAGGGCCGCGUGGUGCACCUCCGGCAGAAGAGAGGCUUCGUGCCUCAGCACUUCCCGGUGUUCACCUACGGCAAGGAGGGAGACCUCCAGGCGGACUACCCUUUCGUCAGGGACGAUUGCUUCUACCACGGGUUUGUGCAAGGCCAGCCCUCCUCUCUGGUCGCGGUCAGCACAUGCUCAGGAGGCCUUAGGGGCCUCCUGCAGGUGGAAAACAAGACGUACGAAAUCGAGCCGGUCCAGGCACCCACGAACUUUCAACAUGUGGUUUAUCGGCUGGAAGAAAAGGAAGGCGCCGUCCGCAUGAGGUGCGGGCUCACUAAGGGAGAUCAAAAUCUCCAGGAGGCCACGAUCCAGAUCCCAGAGAAUGUAGAGCUCAAAAGUUCCCAGGGAGCACUCUGGCAGACGCAUGCCAGAUAUGUGAAGGUUGCAGUUGUAGUGGAACAUGAGCUGUUUGUCCAUACUGGCAGAAAUGAAAGUCUUGCUGCUAGAGAAGUACUGGAUAUUGUCCAUAUUGCAGAUUCACUCUAUAAGCCUCUUGGGAUUCAUGUAGUCCUAGUUGGACUGGAAAUAUGGUCACAAAAGAACCUCAUGGCAAUUGCUAAAAGUAUAGAUGAACUGCUUGAUGUUUUUAAUACUUGGAGAAAAACGACCCUCAUCCACCAUCUAAGGCAUGAUGUUGGCCACUUAUUUGUAUAUAAGCAUUUUGGAGAUAAGCUUGGAUUAUCAUUUGUGGGAACAGUGUGUGAUCCCAUUUGGGCAUCUGCUGUCGAGGCAUUUAUUACUUCUAGUUUGUUCUCAUUCACUAUAACUUUUGCUCAUCAGUUGGGCCAUAACCUUGGCAUGCAACAUGAUGAGAAAUACUGCACUUGUAGUCAGCAUUCUUGCAUUAUGGCUUCAUUACAGAGCAACACAAGUCAGUUUAGCAAUUGCAGUUUUGAUAGUUAUUCUACCCUAAUGAAUAGUGGUAGGAAACAAUGUCUGUUAAUUCCACCAGAGCAUGAGAAACUGUAUGAGCUCGAAAACUGUGGAAACAAGGUGGUAGAGAGCGGAGAACAAUGUGAUUGCGGUUCAGAAUUUCAUUGUGAAUUGGAUGCAUGUUGCCAGUCGAAUUGUAUGUUGCGGUCAGGAGCCACUUGUGCUUCUGGAACAUGCUGUGCCAACUGUCAGUUUCUUCCAGCUGGAACAGUUUGUAGAGAAAGGACUGACAUCUGUGAUCUUCCUGAAUACUGCACUGGGAUUUCAGAGUGGUGUCCUGAAGAUGUUUAUGUGCAAGAUGGAGCUCCAUGCUAUGAUGGUGCCUAUUGCUAUCACGGGAAAUGCUCUACUCACAUUCAACAGUGCAAAAUGAUAUUUGGCAAACAAGCAACGGUUGCCCCACUAGAUUGCUUCAAAGAAAUAAAUACGCGAGGUGACCGCUUUGGCAAUUGUGGCAUUAUUCCUGGUGAUGUUUAUAAGAAAUGUGAAACAAGUAGUAUCUUGUGUGGAAGAGUCCAGUGCAUAAAUAUCGAUAAAGUGUCCAAUCUGAAUGAGCAUAACACCAUAAUACAAACUCCUGUUAACAACAACUUGUGCUGGGGUACAUACUACCCAAGUGGAAUGGGCAUAGCUGAUAUUGGAGCAGUGAGAGAUGGCACACAAUGCGGUGAUGGCAUGAUAUGUAUUAAUAGGUAUUGUAUCAAGGUAUCCCUUCUGAACUAUGACUGUAAUCAAACAAAGUGCCACAACAGAGGAAUGUGCAACUCUCAUAAAAAUUGUCAUUGUGACUAUGGUUGGGCCCCUCCAUAUUGUCUAAAUGAAGGUUAUGGUGGCAGCAUUGACAGUGGACCCCCUCCACCUAAGAGUGGCAAUUUAGGUAUGACUAUAAGCAUUGUAAUAGUUAUUUUUACUGUUGUUAUUGGAGCUGGGGUUGGAAUCAUAUAAGGAAUUUCACUGAUAGAAGGGUUGAAAUUACUUACUGUAUAUUACUCAUUGAAGUGUCAGACUCCAGUAAGCUCUCAAAAGACAGCAAGUCCUAAAGUGUCUAAUCUGACAUUGCAAACACUUAGGAGAUGUUGAGCUUAUAAAGGAUUUCACUCAGUACAUUAUGCUGCAAAUAAUGUAUUUUGUUGCUUGUAAAACAAGUCUGGCCUCUCUUAGUAAUUUAAAAAUCUGACUUGCUAUUAAUUUUCUAGGCUCAUCAGCUUAUGAAAAUACUUGGGCACCUAGAUAGUAAUGUUUGAGGAUGACUUCCCAUGGGGCCUGUUGUAACAUAAUUACUGUGGAGUAUCACAUAAACAGAGCACUCUAGUGUGGGUUGGGGCUGACUAGGGCCUGUUUAAAUAGGUCCUAUCAGACUGAUCUUAUUUGCAGGUCAUGUGGAGGUAAUGCAAAUUGUUUAUUAGGGAAAUAAAUUGAAACCUGACCAAUUAUUCUAAUUGGCACCUGUGGUUUUUAAAAACAAUGUACCUCUGCUCUCUGAAUGGAGAAACUGAAGUUCCAUGUUCUUGUUGAAGGCCAAGCAUAUCAGUAGUUAAUUUCCAAAACAAAAUGUUGGGUCCACAAGAAAGCUCAUGUAACGAUUUAUGCAUGCAUUUAAUAACAUUCCACUGGAAGUGGACAUUUACAAAGUUUGCUCAAAGAAUUAAACUGGACAGUGUUUUACAGUUGCAUCUUCAAGCAAAUUAUGUAUAUGCCCAUUCUAAUAAAAUAUAUUCAAGCCCACAAGAAUCUUUCUAAAUGCCAUUUUGUGGAGGCAAAAGCAUACAGUGAAACUAACUUUUGUACACUGUAAAUUAGACAGGAUUGGAAGCUUGGAAAAAAAUUGAAGUAGCAAGAGAAUGCCAUCCAGAGACAAACCUAGAAAGAUGAUACAUUCAAAAAGAAUUAUGAACAAUUCUUUUAACUGCAAUAAUGACAGUACAAUUGGUUUCUUCACACAUCUGAAAUGCCUUUAGGAAUGAGGUAAAACAUCUGACAAUUGCACAUUCACGAACCUCUUACUCAAGAUUUGUGUAGCUCUUUAAAUGAUAUUUAAUCAUGUGUAAGUGUGUUGGGAACUGCAGCAUCCAUUAGUAGUAUAACUGACCCACUGCUGCUCUAUACAUAACUCCAGUAUGUUAUGACUAUUCAUAAGCUGCCUCACAAGAAUAAAUGUAAAUUCAUGCUUUUGAUUUGCAAUGGCAUACAAUAUAAAUUCUGGGAGAUUUCAUGUAUGGUUUUUGCAGAACACAAAAGUGCAAGCCAGCAGAGCUAUGUGGUAUAUGUUCUAUAGCAGUAUUGUAUGCCCUUUGAACAAUCAAACAUCUGGGGUGAAAACAUUAUUUAUGGGCCUGUGUAAUGUAAAAAAAUUGCUCUAGUGAAACUGGUUCAAUUAAAUACAAAUUUUGCCUUUCUGUCUCAAUCUGUCUUGCAUUCUAAUUUAACCGAAAGCAUUCAUCUUUGACUUCCCUCUCACAAACCCUUCAUCAGGACUGCAUUGUUUAACACUUGGAUAUUUCCUGGAAGAAUCAGUUUACAGUUCUUAACAGUGAUACUUGCUCAGAACAGUGAGAGUUUAUAUAUAUAUAUAUAUAUAUAUCACCCAUCUUAUCGUAAUUUAUCUUUAUCAUAUUGUACAAUAUACUGUUUUGAAUGCCCUUUACUGAUGUACAACCAUGAAAACUAUUGCUUAGAAAUUAUUUCAGAUUACUUAAUAAAAAUAUUUUAUGUAAAAGUAUUUUUAUUUAUUACAUUUGUAUCUCACCUUUCAUCCAUGGACCUCAAAUAAGCAUACAUAGAUCUCAUUUCCCUCCUCACAAUAGCCUGUGAGGUAGGUAAUAGCAUCUGGUCUCAGAUAGAUCUUGGUGACUGUCCCUGCUAAUUUCAUGGCAGCAUGGGAAUUUUAACGU